AUGCAGCAGCAGCAACAGCUGCAAGAGCAGCAGCAGCAGCAACAGCAGCAGAGCACGUCAGCAGGCACAUUUGCUGGCUUAAGAAGCAGCAAAGAGCUGAAGCAGCAGCAGCAGCAGAGCAGUGCGCAGCAUUCUAAAGGAGCAGAUUCAGGAGCAGCAACAGCAGCAGCAGCAGCAGCAGCAGCAGCAGCAGCAGCAGCGUGA